AUGGAACAAAUAAUACGACACUCGCAGCUGAACACUGCGGACCUCCAACAGGAGUUCUCGGCCAUACGCGCUCGCAGCGGAUUCGAGACAACCCCCGACACCUUGUCGUGGCAUCGAAGUACCCCUGGCUCGCCUCCCACGGCGCGGCCGCAUCAUCAGACGGACUCCGCAGUGGAGGACGACGACUUCUAUACCGCGCCGCCGCCGCAUUCCCCGUCCUCUGAGGCUUCUUCCUCUAGCCUUCAUUCGUCCCGUCCCCCACCAUUCUCGUCCUUGAUCUUCCCCCCUGCGACCGAUCCCAAUCGCGCCAAGGAACCAGCUCCUCAGCCCCGGCUAGCUUCUCCGCCAUCCGACGAGGAAGCACCUUUAGAACCGGACCCGUCCUCCGCAUCUCUAGUCGCAGAGACCAAAGCUUCUUUCAGUUCCGAUUCCAAGGGAGAUUCCCCAGGCAAAGCAGCAGACGACGGAGAGCCCCCUCCUCCGUACACCGAAGGUUCUAGCCCCAUCGAAUCAUUUACAUACGUGAUGGCUGCAGCAGGAGGCGCGUCGAGUAUCAUUACUCAGGUGCAGCAGGCCGGAGGGCCCCCGAUCAAUACUUUGGGAGAUAUCGGCGGAGACGAGCACAUUACUCUGGAUUUGCGAGGGACGCGGUUCACGCUUUCUCGAGAUGAACUCUUGACGCUGCCAGAAUUCGUUCUUCUCUCCCUUUUCCCGAACGGUCUGCUUCCUGAUGGGCAUAUGGGCACUUUCCAUGAAGGCGACAUCUACCCCGUUGACUAUGAUCCCGCCUCACUUCAAUACAUGCUGGACUUCUUUCGCUCCGUCGCCCAAUCAAUACCGUCGUCCUCGCCGUCCGCAUCGACCUCGCCAGACCUAGACAUGUCGGAUUCGAUGCAAGGGUCUGCCAGAGACAUGCUACAGGACCGGGCCGGGAUCAUCGUCUUGCGCGAAGACCUCGAUUUCUACGCGAUACCGCCCCGCCCUGAGAUCGACCACGCAGAGAUGAUGGAGGUCAAGCGUGCGGCAGCCAAAGCCCUGUUGAAACAGGACGGUAUAUUCUCCGGUCUACGGAAAAGCGACGAGGUUGGGUCGACUGAACAGCACCUAAUCGAGAUGCUUACAGCAGGUGGUUUUGACCGUGACGAUCGCUGGGGCCAUCGUGCUCCCGAACCCAAUAAGGCGGUGAUUUGUAGUCUGGCGCUGGCUAAACUUCGUACCGACAUUCGGGGGGAUCUGUCCAACAAUAACGCAGUGGGUAUGGCACAAAAGCUCCUGCUUUUCUGGAGGAAACCAGCAAGGAGAUGCUGGUGGGAAGGAAUCGAGCUGGAAAAUGUGGAUGGCAUCGAGGGCAAGGUCAAGAUAUGGAUCCGGAGAGUAUGGACUUUGGAGAUGAGUGUUAUUGGGCUCCGAUAG